AUGAAACGGUGUAGGCUUGCGCUUGCUGAAGCGCAAAUGCCGGCAGUUCUUCCUGACUGGGCGGUGAAAAAACCAACGAAACUUGCUCUCGCGCUGGACAGACUGGCAACAAAACUUUCCGUGGUGUCGAGGAAGAUUAUUUCCUUGAGUGAUGCGUUAAUGGGAGUGCAGCCAAGGGAAGCGUUAAAUUGUGUUCCAAGACUCCUUGCAGUAAACGGAGUGCGUCCAACCGUGAUGGAUAACGUUUUCAUUGCCCCUAGUGCAUUUUUGUCGGGUGAUGUUCGUGUAGGGCGGAAGAAUUAUAUUGGGUAUAAUGCCAUUGUUCGUGCAGAAAGGGGAGAAACAAUAUAUUUCGGGGAAAGCUGUAACGUACAGGAGAAAGCGAUCGUGACGGGAGGCACAACUAUUGGCAAGUGGACGACCAUCGAACCCAUGGCGAUUGUUGAUGCAGCUGAUAUAGCGUCUUGCUCCUUCGUCGGGGCUAACGCCAUUGUGAUGAGGGAUGCAAAGAUAGAGUCUGGCUCCAUGCUGUGCGCAGCCUCGGUUCUCCAGUCAGGCGCGGUCAUCCCCUCAGGUGAAAUGUGGGCGGGAAAUCCGGCUGAAAAGGUGAGGGACUUAACUGAAAAGGAACAGGACGACAUGAUAAAGGCUGCCAAACACAUGGUACUGCUUGCAAUAGAGCACAGAGACUCGUGGGAAUUGACUUGGGAGGAAUUGGAAGAUCAACGGGAGGCACGGGAGCAGUUUGCCCGAUACGCAGAGAACAAUCGUGAGGUACGAACGAAGCCAAUGUACAUAAAAGAACCACCAAGACCAAGUAGGAAGGCUAUGAGUAGGAAGACACCACAGGAGAUGGUGGAUGGAGGGGAGCACAAACCCCCACUAGCGGAAAGUAUUCAGCAGGGUUAUUAA